CAAAGCUUGGUUUUGAAUUCUUGGCAAAACUGGAUAAUUUCCCGGAACAACUGCCAUUUUGUCUCUCGUUGUUCCUCAAUGAUUAACUUGAGACAUCUAUGAUUGAAAUGGCGGGGAAUGUCACUACGAGGAGACCACAACCAGAGGGCGCUACCUGUCCUGACGACCCCAAUGGCGGUUUGGUGGCGGGAAUAGUGAUCUGUGUCGUCUUGCUGGUGGUCAUGGGUGUUGUACUGAUUAUCCUUCUGGCCAAACACAAGGGUUGGAUUAACAGAAGCAGAUUUAAUUUCAAAAUUCCAAAAUUUGGAGGAACAGAACAGAACAACAGAUCGAAUGACGGCGAGUCAUCAACAUAUCAAGAGAGGUUGCCACCAAAACAUUCUAAAUUGAACACAACUGGAAACAUGUCAUAUGAUGUGUGUCUACCCAUAAGUGCUGGUACCGGAACCGGAACUGUAAAUGGAAAUAAGGAAGAUGAUGCAGCAGGAACGCGUACAUCGACAGUGAGCAGUAAAUCUUAUCUCGAACUCAUUGUCGAGCCUACUAGUUCACCAGAGUACGAAAAUGUUAGCAAACCCAUUAUGAGAAAUAAAAUCGACGGUGAUCAUGAACCGAAUGUUCCCCGUGAACGGGAAAGUGAUGUAUACAUUAAUUUCGGAAUUGAUUUCGAUGAUGAAAUAAAUAGAGGAAGCAUACUGGAGCCGGAAACUGAAGAUUUUGAUGAGAUUUAUUCUAACGUUCCAAUUUCUGUUGGAAAUAUGACUGUCGAUGACAACCACGACUCCGACCCCAUAACUGGUGAAGAGGUAGAUAAUUAUUUUAUUUUGGAAAAAGACAAUACCGAUCAAGCUAAAGCUCAUUCAUCAAAUCAAGAAAACGAAUCUGAUAUUUCAGAAAACCUUUUCGUGCUAGAGCCACAGAAUGUGGUUAAAAGUGUUGAAUAAACACUAUUGACGUAAGAGUUAUACGCAGUGUUAUAAAGGAGGAUAGUUCACCUACAACAAGGAAUUUCGGGUGAAAGAGUCAACGAUACGACCUUUGAUUUUAGCACACGCAUUUAUAAUCAGACCUAGGAGAUCACUUGUGGGAGUGUUACGCCGGAAUAUGACGUCAGUCACACCAUAGGCCAACGUUCACUGUCGUAGAGACCGAGUAUGGGGCGAUUAAAUAAGCCGUCUUAUCCUAUUUCCAUUGUAUACAAUCCUCAUACAUGUAUACUAGUAAAUCAUAAAUACAUAAAACCAUAUUACUAGCGAAAUCCUUCAAUGUAUAAACUUGUACAGUUACUAAGUGUUGACAAUAUCAGCGAUCUUCGUAAACUUGCUAGAUAUAAUUUUGAGGCAAAUAAGGCACGAGUGACGUAAACAUGCAUAUCAAUAUAAUUUAUAUAAAUGUCUAUGUAUGUAUUAUUGACAUUUGUAUCAUUACGGAUUACAUGUUGUUGUUGUUGUUAAUGUCAGAUAAUGAUGAUGAUGAUGAUGAUGAUGUGAGGGCGUUUAUGAUUGUUGAAUUCACAAUAAUGAUGUGGGAGUGAUAAUGAGUGUUGAUUGCACAAUACAUAUAUGUAUAUAUCAUUUGUAAUUUAUUGUAAAUUAUAGUUA